GUUCUGUUUGUCAGACUUGAAAUCCGAGGGAGAGGAGCGAGCCGCCAUUUUCUGUGUGACGCUCUCCCUAAAACGGCAACAAUAAAAACGGAUUACCGGGGAAAAUACAUAACAAGUCGUCGAUAAAUGGCGUUGGGAAAUAUGACAAGACCAAUUCGAUUUGAAUUAAACCGCCUUUGCAAUAAACUAGGUUGAGCAUUAAUAAUUGCAAAGAGAAGAGAGCAAGCUGACUCGGUUCCUCAACUACUCGUUGUUUCGCCCAUUUCGUGAUUCCGGGAGCAACACGGGGUUACCCAAUUUGGAACGCACGAGACGGAUUUUGUGAAGGGGCAUUCUCGAAUUAUUUGUUUUCCCACAUAUUUUGUUUCCUUGAUGAAAUUACUAUCAAAGUGCGGGAUUUGUUUCUAAAAAAUUUUUGCCCCGGACUCGGCUCCUCAUCACGUGGCUGUCCUCUGGCGAGGCAGUAGGUGGGUGGUGUGGAGCUGGCCUCGGCACCGGGAGAGGCCCCCUCGCCCGCCCCCUGUGCUGCAUGGCUGCGAUGGCGCCCGCUCUAACCGACGCGCCGGCCGAAGCUCACCGCAUCCGCUUCAAACUGGCUCCGCCCUCCUCCAACCUCUCCCCGAGCGGCGUGGAGAGCAACGGAGGCACCAGUCACAUCCUCGUCUCCAGCAACGGCGCCGUCAAGCGCAAGGCCUCCGAAGAGCGCGGUCCCCACGGGGGGUCCAUCACAGGUAAGGGGAAGGAGGAGUCGACGCGAAGCAACGAGGCUUCUUCCACACCUCUUGGGAAACUACAGCCUCUGGUGGCGUCGUACCUGUGCUCAGACGUGACAUCCGUUCCCUCUACCAAGGAGUCACUGAAGCUAAAAGGCGUCCUGCUGCAGAAACACGGCCUUCUGCCCAGCUUCCUGCCCAGGAAACACAAGACACUGGAGCUCUCAGAGGAGCAGCUCAAGAGCAUCAUGAGUAACAACAGAGGUGGUGGUCCCCCUGCCCUGUCAAGCCAGCCGCCACCGGUCAACGGCGUGGCUAAGAAGUUCGCCAAAAACGGGCCGGACCGGGACAGUAUGACAACGGUCAAUGGCGGUAAUAACAGGCCUCCUGCUGGACAUGGACUGGACUCCCCGGUGCCCCAACCCAACACGGCUGCCUCUAGAGGAAACUCUCCUCUCAACGGGGGAGGGGAGCACCAGCAGCCCACAGGACUGUCCUACAACCCUGCCGGAAACCCUGAACAGCCAGCACCCCCCGCAGCCUCCACCAACACCCCCAUGGACUGCCCCGACAGCAAACCCUCCGAACGGCCACCAUCGCUGGCCACGGACACAUCAUCCCUUUCCCCAACGGACCGACAGACCUCCCUGGGCAGCCUUGGAGUGGACGUUAAGGAGCGGACUCAGCAGAGCCAGAGCCGGCAAGGCGAGAUUGAGGGGCGUCUGCGGCGCCUGAGGAAGCGCCUCCAGGUGGUUCAGGCCAAGCAGGUGGAGCACCACGUCCAACAGCAGCUGGGGGGGCUCCUGGAGAGCACACUGGGGCCACUGGAUGCCCUCCGAACUGGCGGGAGACGAGGAGGCCAGGACGCCCCCCUUACCCCGCAGGAGAGGGAGGGGCUUGGGCGAUUCCUGAAGGACGGCUCUGUACCGGCGGAGCUGGAGCGCCUGUCCCUCAGCGGAACCACCAACCUGAGGUCCACGGAGACAGCCUUCGACUCGGACGCCACGGAGAGCAGCUCCGGAGGAGAGACUGACGUGGAGGAGGACGAGCUCACCAGGAUAGACAUCGAGCAGCGACACAUCUCUCUAUGGAGACGUGCGGAGGGGCGCUACGCGGUGGAUAGGGCCUCCAUAGUCAGCCACUGGAACUGGCUGCAGGCCCACGUGUCUGACCUGGAGUACCGCAUCCGCCAGCAGACGGACAUCUACCGUCAGCUCCGCUCCAACAAGGGUUCCAUAAUGCUGACAGAGACCUCCCCCUUUGACGUGUCACCUGAGGACGGGGAGGUGAAGGCGGAGCCUGUUGGUUGCCCGGUAAUAAAGGAGUGCGGCUCAGACGGUGGGGCGGAAGGUCCCGGAACGGUCUCUGUGGAAACAGGCCUGAGGAAAGGUUGCGCGUCCGGGAGACGGGUCAACGGGAUCAUCAACAGCCUGCGGCCUGGUUCUCCAGAGUGUUCUGACCUGGAGGAGCAGCUGAGGAAGCAGCAGCAGAGCCUGCCCUCGUCCCAGCUCCCGUGCUCCCCUCAGGACGACACGUGUGUGGCGGCCCGCACACGGCCCCUCCUCAGCUGUAAGAGACGACGCCUCGUCAGGCCCAGCACCGUCACCAACCUCAACCGCAAGGGCCAGAGGCUGUGCGUACCGGGUCCUCGCUGCGGCUGCGAGGUCAACCCCCAGUGUAUGACGUGUGGCGGCCGCACCCUCUCCUCCUCAGACGUCCAGUACGAGCGCCCUCUACUGGAGAGGCUGUCCCAGUUCGACCCCUGCGUGCACCCCAUCCUCUCCCUCUCAGACGACGUGACGAUGAGUCUGCACUUGCAGCGCGUCCUAAAGUCCCACUGGAACAGCCGGCCCCUGGAGAAGAUGAAACCCCUGAAGAAGCUCUCCCUGAAACACAAGCUCUCCGUGGGACGCCCUCACGACCCCUCCGCCUCCUUCACCUCCAAAGACAAACACAAGAUGACCAACUCCCUCCUCUCCACAGUCCGCCUGUCCCAUCACAAGGUGCGUUCAGAGAAGCUACACAGGCAGCACCUGGACAGCCUGCUGGGGUCCACCAAGCUGGAGGGCCGCCCCCACUACCGAGGGGAGCAGGGGCACGGGCCCUACGACAAGAGCAACGCACGCAAGAGACCCCGAGAACACUCACUGUCACUGGACAGUAUGGACAACACCCCUAAGCUGUACCUGGAUGGGGGCAGUCUGUGCCAGUCUCUAUCUGCUGGGCUCCCCACCCACAGCUCCCUGCUCCGACAGCUGUCAGCCUCCUCAGAGACCUGCUCCAUGCCCUUCACCUCCUUCAACAGCAGCCUGAGGGACAACAGCACCCCGCAUCAGCCCAUCCGCAGGAGGAGGGGAGAGAGCUCCUUUGACAUCAACAACAUCGUCAUCCCCAUGUCUGUGGCUGCCACCACCCGCGUGGAGAAACUGCAGUACAAAGAGAUCCUCACCCCCAGUUGGAAAGAGGUUGACAUUUGUGCUAAGCCAAUCGCUGAGGAGGCUGACAUUGAGGAGAUCGAGGACCUGACAGACACUGCGUUCUCCCAGCUGCACCAGCCCUGCGAGGACCAGGAGCGUUCCCGCUGGAGCUGGACGGCCAGUGCCAUCGCCAAGAGGAGAGGCAGCCGUUCGUAUGUCAGUGGACGGUUGGACGGUCGCACUACUCCCCUACUGAGCAGCACCAACCCCUCCACGCCGCAGCCCUCCUCCCCAGACACAGCCCACUUCCACGCCAUGCAGGACUACGGCAGUGCCGCCUCCCCCUGCUCCCCGGCCAGCCCCGACCUGCUAUCCUACCCUUACACCCCAGGGUGUUACACAGUGGGAGGGUACUCCUACACCCCUAUAGGCUCCAGGGACUCCCACCGCCUGCUCUCCAAUGAAGACACGCGCUGCUCCACACCUGACGGCACCUACGAAGAACUGGUUCCCAUCCCAGUACACCCGUGGGACCGGAGGAGCUUCCCCCUGGAGAGCGACCCGCCGCCGGAGCCCGAGGAGCAGCCAGGGAACGCCGAGGAGCGCCCCUAUAGAACCAUGCGCCACAUCUCCGGUUGCAAGACGGGCUCGUCCAGGUCUGAGUCCGACACCGGGGGUCCCCCCUCGCCGCUCCUUCCCCCUGACGACAGCAGUAAGCAGAAAGCCCCCUCCUCCACCACCCUCACCACCACUCUCACCAGACCCUCCCACCGAUGAACGAAGGCUCUCACUGCAUAAAGGACUCAACACUUUUUUCUUUCACAAGACUCAAAACAAGAACUACAUCAACAAUGGAAUAAUGGACUCCUGUUGUUUGAUAUUCAAACAUCAGUCAAAUUCUUUCACAGUUUUUAGUGAACAUAGACAGAGAACCCCCGUCAGAAAUCCGUUUUGUUCUUUUCUUGGUCACUGAAAUGAAUAAAUAUAUAUAUAAAAGUGAAUGAAAAAAGGAGAGAAAUUAAACUGAAAGCUGAAUUUGUGAUGAGCAGGGCAUAGAGUUGCUUCCUGUUUCUGGGCCAAUGGGCUGAGGGCUAAGCAGCCACUCAGGCAGAGUGUGUACCUUUGUAGCUUUCUUUUCCACACCCCAUGUCAGUUUAAAAUGGAGUGAGUAAAACAAAAAACAGCAAUGCCUUGUUGUCAUAGCUUGUUAUGUUGUGUCCCCUUGAAUCAACCUAAUAAUAUUUGUCCCUCCCCAGAGAAUUGGCGUGAACCUGAAAUGUUCCUUUAAGCACUUGUUUCACAGAGCUGUUGUAGUAAUCUGAGCUUGACAUUUUCUUUGAUGUCUGUCUGUGCUUUUCGUUCAUCUGUUUGUCUGCAUUGGUGUAGUUGUUUUAUACAUAUAGGUUUAAUAAGAUAUUUCCUUUCAACCCCGUCACAUAGACUGAUGGAACAAGUGGUUGUGGGCGGUGUAUAAAAUCAUUUUAGCACAGCAAGUAACACCACCCUCAAUAUGAUAUUACACAUACACUAGUUUGAAUAAAUCAAACAAACCAAAUAAUCAUGUGGGAUAUGUUAACUAAUAUAACGACAGAAAAAAACGCAUCACCUUUCCUACAUAGGAAUGAUCCUAUAGAAAUGGAGGGAGUUGAUAUGAGUGUUCAACUGUGUGCAUAUUGGAUUUCUGUCUUCAUUUUCUUUGUGUGCGUGAGGUUAUUUCACGCUUUUCUGAUUGGUUUGGAGAAUGUGCAAGAAAUCACUAAAGCGUGCAGUCAGGUUCCAAUUACAAAGAAAGCUCCUAUGUUUUUGAAUGUAGUAUUUUGGCUUUAUCUUGAAUCAAGGACCUUCAUUAUUUGCUCUAUUUUAAAUUUCUGUACCCUAGCUAUUGACACGGGUUGGCGUAGUUCACAUCCGAUGCAAUGUUUCCAGCUUGUAAUGCAUAAUUGCUAUGCAAUUUGCAUGUCACUUGGUAUAGUAAAAGAGAACAUGAGACAAAUUGGGGAAAAAUAUGUAAACGUACCUAAUUCAUCUCGUUCCUGUGUCACUGUUUUUGGAAUUGCACAAGGCAGAUCAUGUCAAUGUACCUGUUGGAUUGUCAAUGCAGUUCCACAAUUGGAUUAAAAUCACUCAAGCUCUGAGUCUUAUUGGGAGUUCAAAUGUCAAAUGCUAUUCAUGUAACAAUGCAAAACAAAACUACAAGUUUGGGUUGUUCAUUAGAGCAGACAAAUGGAAAAUGUUGUGUAAUGGUUAAAAGUGCACAAGACCAGGUAGUCCCUGCCCGUUAUAUUCCGUUUGGUGCAUACUGAACACGGCCCAGAUCUGCCCAGUCAGCUGCCCUAGUUCCCAGCACCCCCUGCUGUGUCCCUCCCAGCAGAUUAAGUGGAGCAUUGUACAGAACACCUCUAGACUAAUCUCUCCAUCUAAAAAGGCUUUUUAUGUUUGAGUUACUUUAAGUCAAAGGCUGUGGCCAUCACACACACAGGAGGCUAUGUAGGGAAUUAUCAGUUGUGGAGUCACUUUGACCAUGGCCAUCUCACCAACCCUCCCUGCCACCUGGCCGUUUCUACUUGGUCACUUUAAGUCUGAUUCAUGCUCUGCCCCAGCAGUUAAAACCACAUGUUAGCCCCAACCAAUGCCCUGCUCUUGUUCCAAUUACUGCUAGUUUGUAAUCAUGUCUAAGAAAAAAAUAAGAAUGUGUGGGGGGAAAAUCCUUCAGAUGACUGUUCAGUUGAGCCUUUAUUUUUGUCUUCACCGGCUUCCUUGAUUCUGCUGUCUGUCAUUGCGAGGAGGUAACGUGAGGUCUUCACUGGUGAAUCCUUUGAAUCAUUCUCCCAUAGGAGUCUGUCCCCUUGGUCGGUCCAGACAGACCAAAAGACAAACCUGACUCAAUUUCUAGGGACCAUCGAUGCCUGUCCCUAUCACUUCUUUCUCCUCACAGAAGUCCCCCCCGUCAUGAAUCAUGAUCAACUAUGGUUUGUCUGCGAGUGGGGUUCAGAGGACCCACCAGAAACUGUUUCGAUGUACAAGAAGGUUUGACUAGCGUUAAACAGAUAUUGUAUUGUCUGGGCUAUUUUCAUACUUUCCAACGUGGUGUAUGGGGGUGGGUGAGUCUGGUAUAUCCUUUAGCAUGUAAUAGUUUGUACAAAAAGUAUAUUUUGUAAAUAACUGUUUGACGUUCAGGCUGUAGCUGUCCUGAUUGUAUAGGGAGAAGACACGACAAGUACAAAAUAUUGAACACUUUUCUUUAUGCAGAGGCAAAAAAAAAAGGUGUAUGAUUGACGAAUCCGACGGGCAGGCAGCGUUUGUGCUUCUCAAAAUAAAAGUGAAUUAUAUUGUA